AUGUUUUCUUUUGCGAUAGUUUUGGUGCAUUUCUUGGCUCUUCAGCUGCGACCCUGUGCAGCUGAUCUGUGCAACUGGACCGGGAGCGGUUUUGCAGCUGGCGUGGACUCCAGGAUCGUGCUCCAGGUGCGGCUGCGGUGCACCGAGGGCUCGGUGAGGUGGCUGUACCCGGGCCAGGCUCUCCGGGUGGUGCUGGAGCCGAACCUGUCCUCCAGCCUGCGCACCACCGUGUGCAUCAAGCCGUCUCCCUCCUUCCGCGGGGCCAGUGUGUUCGUGGAACGCGCCGGAGAGCUGGAGCUGCUGGUGGCGGACGGAGAGAGGCCGCAGCAGGUCUUCUGUUUCCGGGCCGAGGGACCUCGCAGGCCCGCGUUGUACCUCCAGGCCAGCCCGCAGAGUGACGGACACUGGAGCAGACGCACCAUGAGCUUCAGAUAUGAGCUGCUGGGGAACAGGAGCGCGACCCCCAGCCUGGGUCCCAGCGGGCACCAGGCUUCUUGUCGACCCUGCAAUGAUACCGAACUCCUGAUGGCCAGCUGCAACAGUGACUUUGUGCUCCGAGGCCACAUCAAGAGCAUCUCCCACAGCUCUGCAAGUCAGACAUCGUCGGUGGAGGUGUCAGCGGUGAGGGUGUACUGGCAGCGGAGUGGUGUGUUUGAGCGUCGUGUGGAUCCGGGGUCACCUCGGUCCGCCUCAACGUGGCACGGACACAUCCACGCUCUCCUGCAGUGCCACGUGAAGCCUGGGGACGGAGAGUUUCUCUUCACAGGGUCAGAACACUUUGGGGAAGCGUGGUUAGGGUGUGCACCGCGAUACAAAGACUUCCUGUCCGUCUACCAGACUGCCCGGGCGGCACGUCGGAAUUCCUGUGACUUCCCUUUAGACUGA